AUCCGAACGAAGGAAGGACGCGGUGUAAGAUGCGAAUUUAAAUGUGACGCCCACGUUACAACAAUUCCCGAAUCAUGAUUCGUGGCAGCAGUCGGCCAGAAGCCAACAGCGUUACCGCCAUCAAACCCGAAGAGGCAAAACUAGCUACGGAACAGCUCUCUACACGUUACAGGAACUGUCAUUGGUGGAUUAGAAGAACAAGAUUUGAAAGAAGUUUGGUUGUCGUUUCUUUACUUCUUUUUAUAAUAUGCACAGCACUCGUUUUAAUCAAUUUAUUAAACGAACGAAAUUCAAGAACAAGAGAAAAUGUUUCAAAUAUUUGCAAGUCGAAAGAUUGUGUAUUAACAGCGGCUUCCAUCUUAGAAAAGAUGGAUUAUACGGCGGAUCCUUGUACAGAUUUCUAUCAGUUUGCUUGUGGAAAUUAUCUUCAGCACAACACGGUUCCUGACGAUCAUUAUCAUCGCUCGACAAUACAGAGCAUGCAAGACGACAUUUACGUCAUUCUCAAAAAAUUAAUUGAAAAAUCAAUCAAUGUUAAUGACAGUGAAGCUAUUGCUAAAGCAAAAACUUUGUACUCAUCGUGCAUGAAUACGAGUAGCGUAGAAGACGAUUCUGUUUCAAUUCUUCUCAGUUUAUUGUCGUCUUCGGGAGUAGGGGAAUGGCCAAUACUCGAUCCUAAUUGGAACAAAACAGAUAUAGAUUUAGAAUGGCGAUUGGCUCUCUUACACGUUCAUCAAGCUCAACCUUUUUUGCAUACUUACGUUGCACCAGAUGAUAGAAAUUCUUCCGUUUAUCUACUUCAUGUAAUUUCCGGUUCUCCAGUAUUGAGUAUGCAAUACUAUCUGAACAAUUCGGAUCCGAACUAUUCCAGAUAUUUACAAUCGUAUAAAGAACUAAUUAGAGAAACAGCGAGGCUGUUGGGAGCCGAUGAAAUGGUUGCUAAGAAUGAUGUAGAAGACAUGAUGGAGUUCGAAAUAGCCUUUGCUAAUAUAUCAAGAGAUGAAAGUUAUGAAACCUCUAAUGAAAAUAGUUCGUUAGAAGAUGAGCACGCGUUUAAUAAAAUGAAUAUCUCACAAUUAGAAGAAAUGAUACCAGAGAUUAGAUGGUCUUUACUAGUCCAAUAUGUAUUCAAUUAUAUAGGAUUUCAAUCAGAUUAUACAGAUUUAAAUAUUGUAGUUCACUGCGAACGUUACUUGAAGCAGUUAGUCGUACUUCUCAAUAAUACUUCCAGCAGAACCGUUGCUAAUUAUUUGGCUUGGAGAUUUGUCACGAAAUACAUGCCCUAUCUGGAUAUUCACUUUCGGAGGCUUUAUUAUGACUUUCGACGAGAAGUGCCAAAUUUGUCUGAUGAAAGAACUUUCUUUGCACGUUGGAAAGAGUGCGUUCAUUUAGUCAAUGAUGGUUUCGGCUAUGCUCUUGCUUCAUUAUACAUAAAAGAAGAAUUCUCUGAAAAAAUGAGCAGAGAAGUUGAAACAAUGGCAGAAAAAGUCGGUUAUCCUCAAUACAUAACUGAUUCUUUUCAAUUGGACAGUGAUUAUGCUGGUUUAGAUAUUUCUGACGAUCACUUUUUAAAUAAUAUCCUUCGAAUGAAUAGAUACGAAGUUAUCAAAGAAUUGCUUAAAAUGACAAGAACUGUUGAUAAAGACAGGGAUUGGCUGGUCCAACCUCUUGUUGUUAAUGCUUUUUAUGAACCUACUGGAAAUUCAGUCAUAUUUCCAGUUGGCAUCUUACGUCCUCCGAUAUUUUCUCCAGACCGUCCCAAGUAUUUGAAUUUCGGUAGUUUUGGCGUUGUUGUUGGCCACGAAAUUACACACGGAUUCGAUAACAGUGGAAGAAAAUUUGAUAAAGCUGGUAAUUUCACUCAGUGGUGGCCAGAAGAAGUGAUCGAUAAAUUCAAAGAGAAAACUGUAUGCUUCGUCGAACAGUAUUCUCAAUAUACUAUCGAUAUGGUUGGGCAAAAUGUAAAUGGCAAUCAGACUUUAGACGAUAAUAUUUGUGAUAAUGGAGGUUUACAGCAAGCAUUUAAGGCUUAUCAGCAAUACGUGGCAGAUCAUGGUGAAGAACCAUCUUUGCCCGGUAUUAAUUUCACUAAUCUUCAAGUAUUUUUUCUUCAAUAUGCUCAGUUAUGGUGCGAAGUUACCAGCAAAGAAGGAAAUGAAAAAUAUAUUAAAGAUACUCAUAGUCCUGGAAAAUAUAGAGCCAAUGGUCCUCUUUCAAAUUCUUAUGAUUUUGCGAGUGCAUUUCAUUGUCCACUAGGAAGCCCUAUGAAUCCACACAAAAAAUGCCAAUUAUGGGGAUGAUAACUACAAUCGACGUUAAUCAUUUUGAUGUAUAAUUUAAAAACUAACAGUAUUCUGUAUAUAUAUAAAACUGAACUAGUCACAAUACUUGUGAAAUUGCAGUUAACGAACAUCUCAUAUACCAGAGUUUGAAUUAUAUUUCUACUCACGAUCGUGAAAUAUAAGAGAGUAAAGAAGAAGUUUUCACGGAAUGAAAAUUUUAUAGUUGAACACGUUGUUGGAUAUAGCAUUUAAUGCGUUAUUGUUAAGAAUUGUUUGUUAGAAAAAUAUUCUAAUCAUCUCAAAAUUAAUUUAUGAACUAAAAUUUAUCUAUAUUUAUAAAAGAAUAUAUAUUAAAUAUAUUGUUAUUAUACGUCGAAACUAUUUAAUUAUUAAAAAAUAAAUAAAAUAUUUUACUUUCAUCACUUUAUAUAAACUUCAAAACUUCUAAUUAAUGAUGCGAUAAGGAUAGAAGGAAGAUUUGUGAUAAGCGUCAACAAAGCUUCAAACAAAUUAAUAAUUUUGAGCUUUGUUUAUUUAAGUUUUUUCGUAAAUGUCGUCGUAGACUACAUUUACAUUUUAUAGAUCAAAAAAUUUAUUUCCCUCCAUUAUAAUAUUCUUCAUAUAUAUGUACAGUUUGCACAAAAACAAAUUGUUGUUACUAUUUAAUAUUUCAUAAUGAUAUAAAAAAGACCAAUAUUGUUCCUUUCCAUUGAAAUCUAUGCAGUAGAUGUUAUCGAAUUUCAAAAUUUUCUAGAUUGAAUUAAUGAAUAAAUUUCAAUUCAUAUAUCUGUUGCAAAUUUUGAAAUAUUUAAGUUAGAAUUACGAAAGCGUUAUAUGUAAUUUAAGAAUUAAAAAUCGUCUAGAGAAGUAAGGAAACUAAUUUAUAAAUUUGCUAUUUGCUAGGAAUUUAUAUCAAUGACAAAUAGCUUUCUUCUGUAGAAUUUUGUAAGAAUUGAAUUGUCUUGUAAGUGUUAAGUAAGUUGUUCUGAUAGUUAUUGUAAUAAAACAUUAACCGCAUAAAUAUAUAGCCAGCUCUUUAUUAUUUAUUUUAAUUUUUAUUGUGCAAAUCAGAAAAUUCAUCUGUAAAAAUCAUGCUUAUUAUUUUAU